AUGUCUUGCCCCAAGUUCAGAGUUGCUAUCGUAGGAGGCGGUGUAGGCGGUACCACUCUGGCCGUUGCGCUAUCCAAAUACGAGGACAUUGCCGUUGACGUGUAUGAACGCGCUGCUCACUUUUCCGAAGUUGGCGCCGGCGUCGGGCUGUGGCCUAGACCUUUCAAGGUGCUCAAAAAGCUGGGACUGGGCGAUGAGCUAUUGAAGAAGACUCCAAUACCGUACAAUGAAGAAGAGUAUGUGACUGCGAUGAAGUUUCGACGGAGUGAUUUGGAGGAAGGAGAAUAUCUAUUCACCAUGAAGUCGAAGGGUAACCUGGUCUACAUUCAUCGUGCCGACUUUCACAGCGUUCUCCUCGACAAUGUAUCGCCCUCCGUGGAGACGUACACAUCCAAGCGCCUUGAUUCUUACACACAGCCUUCCGCAGAUAAUCCCUCGGAGCCCAUUAUCCUCAAUUUCCGAGAUGGGUCGACCGCGACAUGCGAUAUCCUCGUCGGCGCCGACGGCGUCAAGUCUGUCGUCCGAAAAUUCAUGAUGCAGAAUCUUUCUCGAGACGUCGAUGCGCUCAAGAAGUGCAGUACAGAAGAGUACCUCGCUUGCAUCGAGCCAGUCUUCAGCGGCGGCGUGUCCUACCGCACACUCAUCCAAGCUGACAAACUCCGAGCUGUCGAUCCCAACCACCGCGUGCUUGAAGGAGCAUGGACGGCUUUCGGGGUGAACAGGAGCAUCACGACGUAUCCAAUCUCGAUGGGAAAAUACGUGAAUUUCUCCGCGAUGUCGCUCGACAAGGAUCUUAUGGCGAACGCGUUCAACCCGGACCCGAGCCACCGCCAGACGUUCGAUGGCGAGUGGGUGCGCCCAGCGUCGGCCAAAGAGUUCACAGAUAAGUUCAGAGGGAUGGAAAAGGACACAGAGAUCAUGCUCAACUGUAUCGAGGACGGCAACAUCUGGGCUGUCCACGUUACCCGAAACUUGCCUGUUCAGGUACACGGGCGCGUCGCCCUGCUGGGCGAUGCUGCUCACUCCAUGACACCAUAUCAGGGCUCAGGCGCAGGCCAAGCCGUCGAGGAUGCAUACGUGCUCGCCACGCUCCUCGGUCAUCCACGCAUUACGCGGGAAACGAUCCCACAAGCUCUGGCCGUGUACGAUGAGGUCCGCCGCCCGUUCGCGAUCGGGGUUGCCAGGGGUUCGCAAGAAGUGGGCCAGAUCGCGGGUUUGCAGACGGGCCUACCAUUCUCCGAGAUGGGUGACAAGAUUAAUGGGAUCACCAGCUGGGCUUGGGAGACCGAGGUUGACGGUGCAGUGGAGGACGCGCAGAGGAUGCUAGAGGAGCGAUUGUGA